GAAGGGAGAAUAUAAACAAAGUGAAAAGAAAAUUAAAACAUAAUUCACUCUUUUAUUUAUCUGAGGAGAAGGAAAACACCUCCGGAUAAUUUAUUCAUGGAUUAUUUGAAACGAAAAGUAUAAAUGAGGUCGCUUCUAAAACAAUCCGCUCUGGUGCGACAGGUGCCUUGACUAGCUAAGCUGGAUAGACGACCAGUUUGGGUUUCCAGUGGAGAACUACCAUUCCCUCCAAAAUGGCGAGUGUACUUGCAUCAAAGAUAGGCCUCAUUUCCCUGCGGAGGAAACAACCCAGGACCUUUAAUGUGAGAAUUGUGAUGAUGGAUGCUGAUCUGGAGUUCAGCUGUGAGGUGAAGUGGAAAGGGAAGGACCUGUUCGAGCUGGUGUGCAGGACGCUGGGACUCAGGGAGACCUGGUUCUUCGGCCUUCAGUACGACGUGAAAGACGCUGUUGCCUGGGUCAAAAUGGAUAAGAGGGUUUUGGACCAUGACAUGCCCAAACAGGAGCCCAUAGUUCUGAACUUUCUGGCAAAGUUUUACCCUGAGAACGCAGAAGAGCUGGUGCAGGACAUCACCCAGCAUCUGUUUUUCCUGCAGGUAAAGCAGAAGAUUCUGGACGAGGAGGUGUACUGCCCCCCUGAAGCUUCGGUGCUGCUCGCCUCGUACGCCGUCCAGGCUAAGUACGGUGAUUAUGACCCAAAUGUUCACAAACCUGGAUUCCUCUCACAAGAGGAACUUUUACCAAAGAGAGUUAUUAAUCUGUACCAGAUGACCGCUGAAAUGUGGGAGGAGAGAAUCACCGUGUGCUACGCUGAGCACCGAAGCAAGACCAGAGACGAGGCGGAGAUGGAAUAUUUAAAAAUAGCCCAGGAUCUGGAGAUGUACGGGGUCAAUUACUUUUUGAUAAAGAACAAAAAAGGAACCGAUUUGCUCCUGGGUGUUGACGCCUUGGGUCUGCACAUUUACGAUCCCGACAACAAACUGACGCCCAAAGUGUCUUUUCCCUGGAACGAGAUCCGCAACAUUUCCUACAGUGAUAAAGAGUUUGCUAUUAAGCCGCUGGAUAAGAAAGCUGACGUCUUCAAAUUCAACUCCUCAAAGCUGCGAGUGAACAAGCUGAUUCUGCAGCUGUGCAUUGGCAACCACGACUUGUUCAUGAGGAGGCGGCGGGUGGACUCGCUGGAGGUGCAGCAGAUGAAGGCUCAGGCUAGAGAGGAGAAAGCUCGCAAACAGAUGGAAAGACAGAGGCUGGAGAGAGAGAAGCACUUGCGGGAGGAAGCUGAGAGAGCCCGUGAUGAGCUGAAGAGACGAUUCAUUCAGCUGCAGGAUGAAGCUCUUAUGGCUAAUGAAGCCCUGAUGCGUUCAGAAGAGACGGCGGAUCUUUUAGCAGAGAAGGCCCAGAUUGCUGAGGAGGAAGCCAAACUGCUGGCUCAGAAAGCUGCUGAAGCAGAGCAGGAGAUCCAGCGGAUCAAGGUGACGGCGAUCCGCAGUGAGGAGGAGAAACGGCUCAUCGAGCAGAAGAUGAUGGAGACUGAGAUGCUCGCCCUCAAAAUGGCUGAGGAAUCUCAAAGAAGAGCCAAAGAAGCCGAGCAGCUGAAGCAGGACUUGCAUGAAGCCCGAGAAUCAGAGCGCCGAGCCAAAAACAAGCUGCUGGAGAUCACCAGCAAAUCCACCUACUCGGCUGCAUCUCUGUCUCCUAACUCUCACCCACCCGAUCUGAGCUUCAGCACAGAGAACCUGAGCUUUGACUUCAAGGACACCGACAUGAAACGCCUGUCCAUGGAGAUCGAGAAGGAGAAGGUGGAGUACAUGGAGAAGAGCAAGCACCUGCAGGAGCAGCUGAACGAGCUGAAGACCGAGAUCGAGUCUCUGAAGCUGAAGGAGAGAGAGACGCCGCUGGACAUCCUCCACAACGAGAACACCGAACGUGGGACCAGCAAACAGAGCAACUUCAAAAAGCUUACACUACAGAGCGCCAAGUCAAGAGUGGCCUACUUCGAGGAACUGUAGCUGACCAAACUGUGUGGAUGUGGGUGUGUGUGAGGGUGUGUGUGAAAAACUUUGGUGUUUUUGAAGUGUAGCGCUGAGUUCUUGGACGUUCUGAGGACUCGAAUCAGCAGUUUUAUUCUGCUGUGAUGUGAAGUGACUUACUGACUGACUGACUGACAUUCCUGACCUGCAGGGGCAUUUGCACCAGACCGCGUAUGUAGUUUUACCUCCUCACCAGGUGUCUUGAAUGUGUGUGUGUGUGUGUGUGUGUGUGUGUGUGUGUGGAUGAAUUUUUCAAUGUUGCUACGGAAAGCUAUAAGGAAAUACGGGCUGAAGUUAUACCCGCCGCGUGUGUACACGUGUGCACAGUGGGUUCAUGGGUAGUAUCGUAUCGUUCAUGUGCAUGAAGUGCACAGCUGAGGCAUCCCAGCAAGAUACUACGAUCUGGCUGUGUCCCAAACCACUACUGUGUGACAAGCAGGGUCUGCACAAUCCUGGAAGGUCUGAACAUAGUCAGGGAAAUUGACAUUCUAAAAGGUCUGUUUGGACUGAUUUAAUUGCAAGUCCUGGACUUCAACCUUUUGAUUAGCUAAGCCACUCUGAGCCAGUGGUCAAAAGCGAGUGUCAUGGGCUGCACGUGGGCCCUAUAAAGUAGAAGCAUAGACCCUUCCUAAUCUAGUCCUAUCCAUGGGCGGCACACAGGUUUCUGUGUGGAGUUUGCAUGUUCUCCCUGUGGCUGUGUGGGUUUCCUCCGGGAGCUCCGGUUUCCUCCCACAGUCCGAAGGCGUGCAAGUGAGGUGAAUUGGAGAUACAAAAAUGUAACCAAAAAUCCUAAUAAAUUUACACUGCAUUUACAUUUUCGGCAUUUAGCAGACGCUUGUAUCCAAAGUGACUUACAGUACUGUGACAGUACACUGUCCAAGCAAUUGAGGGUUAAGGGCCUUGCUCAAGGGCCCAACAGUGACAACCUGGCAGUGGUGGGGCUUGAACCGGUGACCUUUCAAUUACUAGUCCAGUUCCUUAACCACAAGGCUACUACUGCCCAAUAAAUAAUAAUAAAAAAUAAAAUAAUAAAUAAUAAUAAUAAUAAAUAAAUAGUCCUUUCCAAUUCCCCGGGCGCCACUGUCUUGCUGCCCUGACCGAGGAGAGCCACGGGUCAUUACGUGUGCCUUCGGCAGGCAGCGGUUCGUCCUCCAUCCCUGCACUAAGGACGUCCAGGAUGUACCAAGUCACCUCUUUGCGUGUGUGCACAUAAAAGCGAGUAUAAUUUCAGCCUUGAGUAGAAGUCUGGCGGGCACACAGUCGUUCAGUCUUCUAACGGACCAUUCAUCCUGACGGUUCUUUGAACCCCGACCAGUAUGCAGGAAUCACAGAUGCUGCUCUAAAACUCUGAAGACUUUCGUCCUUUUAGUUUUUUACUUUCUACUGCGGGGAAAACUUACCCCCUUUCAACAGACGUGCGCUGAAUUGUAUUUAGGUUUUGUGCUUUUGGGAUCGUGUUAAACCAGGAUUUAUGCCCUGGGUUUCAUUACUGCUGAGAUGCUGGUGAAGCAUCAGUAUUUAUACUUUUAUCUUAAAUGGGUUUUAUAAGGAGAAGCUUUUAUUUGAAGGGAAAGCACCACUACUAAAGCCUCAAUCAGGAUGUUUCUGAGAUGUUUUUCUCUUCUAGUGUUUUUUAAAUUCUGUUUAUGCAUUUUUUUAAACCUUUUUCACCCAAGCUAGUCAAACCCAAGUACCUUUUUAUAUCUCUUUUUUUUACUGCUGCAGGGGUGGCACAGUGGCUUAGUGGGUAGCACUGUCACCUCACAGCAAGAAGGUCCUAGGUUCAAUCCUCAGGUGGUGCUGUCCGGGUCCUUUCUGUGUGGAGUUUGCAUGUUCUCCCUGUCUCCGCUUGGGUUUCCUCCGACCUGUACAACAAGCUCAUGGUCAGUACACCACAUACUUUUCAUCAUAUAGCGUCCACAUUUAUUUUCUAGGUCUUAUCAGACACUGGUGUUCAGUAUUUUUGUUCGUUUUUAUUUUACAAACAGCCUGAUUGAGGCCUUAAGUUAAAAAUUAGAAUUAUAAAGGUGUUUACAUGGCUGUUUUUGAACUGGAAAGUUUGUAUGUGUAAUAAUUUUAGAGAAAACUGUUCGUGCUGGGCGAUAAAUAAACCGAAAGCCUGUUAAA